CACAUUGAUGCGGUCAAACAUUCGAUAUUCAUCAUGAGUGUUUUGUGUGUCUUUAUUACGUUAUUUUCUUGCUUUUUCCUUGUGGUUUCAACGGAGGAUGUGCUUUGUCCACCUGGAGCUCCGUUUGGGUGUAGAUGUCGCAAGAUACUAGAUGAAACAAGGACUGAAUGUAAAAACAAAUACACGAUUACUGACAUACCGUCAUGGAUACCGAACAACACAAAUCAACUGGAGUUUGAAAAUUGUGAUAUUCGGAUCCUACAUCGGGAAACUUUCAAGAAUCUGGUCAAUCUAACUAGUAUAAAAAUAGUCAAGCAAAACCGUCGUCUUUCUUUUAACGAUAGUUUGGUUUUUCAAGGCUUGAAUCGUCUGUCCGUACUCGAUUUCGAUGAUGUUAAUAUUGCUUCGAUCCCAGCUGGCUUGUUUGCCAAUCUGCCACUCUUGAACGUGGUUGGUCUUAGCAAUAACCACGUAGUAACUUUGCCUGUUGAUUUGUUUGAAAACUCAACAAAUGUGGAACAUUUUCGCAUUGGCAAUACACAAUUAAAUCGAGAUAUCAUUGCUAAGAUAGGCGAAGGACAUUUCGGUCAAAAUAUUAAGAGUUUGUUGCUCAGUGGCACGCGUUUUCAACUUCUGGAUGAUGGCAUGUUCACUAGCCUACCAAAGCUGAAGCAUUUGGCAAUGAGUUACUGUGAGAUAAACUAUAUCAGACCAGAUAUACUCAAAGGAACUCAGGUUACUCACGUUGCUCUUGAUGGAAAUCACAUCCUCUUCGUUCAUGAGAAUGCUUUCCGUGAUUCGAAAGUGAGUGCAUUUCUGUGUAAUGAAUGCAAACUCACAUCCCAAGUUUUAUUUAGUGGAUUUCUGAAGAAAAUGCCUCUGAUGUAUCUGAUCCAGUUACGGAAUAACAAUCUCACUCAUGUUCCAAAAAAUGCUUUUAGUGGGCUAACAAAACUGUCUAUAAUUGACUUAUCGAAUAACUCAAUUGCAACAAUCGAAGAAAAUCCUUAUGCCAACCUACCAGACUGUGACCAUUCCACCUGUAUACAGCUUCGUAACAACCCACUCAACUGUGACUGCAACCUGGCGUGGUUACGAACCUUUGCCAAUAACAUUAAAGGUGACAGAACAUUGUGGAAAUGUGCUCGACCGCGCAGCGUGGCUGGAAAAAGCUUGGUAUCAAUCAAAAUCGACGAGUUUUGUUGUGAAAAUGCAAACUCUACAAGGAGGUGUGGUUCUGUCCCGGAUCCUAACAAUGGAUGGGUUGUUUCUGCUCAUAUGAUGGUCGCAAUCUUGUCUCAGAUUGUGGUAAUGUUUGGGAUUCUUUUACUUCGUGCAUAACAUUUUACAUUCAGUUAUUUUAAUUAAUCAGUGUGUCUUAUAACUGUCCUCCUUUAUAAAAAUGCAUGGACUGUAGAUUACGGUGUGCCUUUGAAUUUUCAUUUACCUUGAAAAAGCUUGUGAUUACUAUUUAGCCAUUGUAUACAUGUAGACGUAUUACCAGGCAUUUACUGAAUGUUAGUAGAAAUUUCCUCAUGAUGAUAGCAACUAGAGUUCAUUAUAUGUAUCAGUUCAUUUUGAAAUUUUUGACGACGCACAGCCAGCUGGGAUGCCGCAAAUUGAAAAAUGAAUGAUGUAUUGGAUUUAGUAUGUGUUGCAUUUGAAAAAUGAAUCCCACCGCGUAGUUCAAAUUUAGAAUUAAAUUUGAAACAUUAUAGAACUAAUUAAAUCCAUUUCGAAUGAAAAAAACAACAUAAUAUGCCGCCAAUUAAAACUGAAACCAAUGACAAGAUUAUUUCUAUUGAUGAGCUUUUGGCUAUCAGAUUUACGGUACAGCUUUCAACAUGUUGAAGGCAAAAUCUGUCUGCUAGGUUUCAUGCAUGAGCUCACUUGAAGGUAAACUGCAACGGGUCUGUGCUGUAGGUGCAGGUGACAGCGCAGUCCAUGGUGGUCAACUCCAAAAGGAAAAACAUUUAACAGAGCAAAAAUGGAUACAAAUCCAAAUUUAUUUCGACCGUUAUUAUUAAGCAUUAUCCGAUUGUUCUCUCAAGUGAUUGCUCCAAGCACCAUUUAAAACACUGAAUUAAAACCCACCAGUAGGAAACAGUUCAUAAAAGCGGAAACACUUUUAGGCAGGAUAGUGCUAUUCAUCAAAUAUUGAUUUAAAAAUUGAAUUUUUUACAAACUGAAUCUCAAUGGUUUUCAAAAAUGGUUCUAGCGAUUGUAAUAGGAUUAUUCACCCUUCCUAAAACCAAUAGAAAUGCCUGUGUAAUACGGUGAUAUCUAUAGUUAAAUGUAGAUCCAAAUGGUACGGUAGAUUCAACGAAUCUUUAGCAACGUUUGACGUAAUACUAUAGCGAAUAGGUGUGUAUUUUAUAGCCUUAAUAUUGUUUCUUGUUUAAUAAUGAUAUUGGGUGCGUGCCGGAUACUGCUUCGGCGGACGGUACAAGACUAUAGUCUAUAUAGUAUAUUACCAGAUACAGUACAAUAACCGGAUACGAAUGGUGUAUAUUUAUGUCACUUUGUCGUAAAAUAGUCCGUUGUCUAUUUAGUAGGUGGCACAAGGAUUGUCAGACAAUAUACAGCGGAGAGCAUUUUACAUUACAAAAAACUUAACUGUAAUUUUGCUUUGAAAUGUGUGACAUGCAUGCCCGGUCGACUAUAUUUGUUUUUGUUUCUCAAUAUCUUAACGCAAAACAGUUUUGUAGUAAAAAUAAAAUUUCCAGUACUAUAUCUGGUAAAUAUCUGGCGGAAAUCAGAUACAGCUAUCCAGCA